AAGGCCUCUAAAAUCACAUGAUAGGGGCGCGGGCAGGCGCUGGUACUGUUGCUUGGGGAGGGGGGCCGGAAUCUGACCGACCAUGAGUUUUCUUGGAGGCUUGUUUGGUCCCAUUUGUGAAAUUGAUGUUGUUCUUAAUGACGCAGAAUCACGAAAAACAGCUGAAAUCAAAACAGAAGAUGGUAAAAUAGAAAAGCAUUAUCUCUUCUAUGAUGGAGAAUCUGUUUCAGGAAAGGUGAACAUAGUCUUUAAACAUCAUGGAAAGAGGCUAGAGCACCAAGGAAUUAGAAUUGAAUUCGUAGGACAAAUUGAACUUUUCAAUGACAAGAGCAAUACUCAUGAGUUUGUAAACCUAGUGAAAGAGCUGGCCUUACCUGGUGAAUUAACACAAAGCAGAAGUUAUGACUUUGAAUUUAUGCAGGUUGAGAAGCCAUAUGAAUCCUACAUUGGUGCCAAUGUCAGAUUGAGGUAUUUCCUUAAAGUGACAAUAGUAAGAAGAUUGACAGACUUGAUAAAAGAGUAUGAUCUUAUUGUACACCAGCUUGCAACAUAUCCAGAUGUUAACAACUCUAUCAAAAUGGAAGUGGGCAUUGAAGACUGUCUUCAUAUAGAAUUUGAAUACAACAAAUCCAAGUAUCACUUAAAGGAUGUGAUUGUUGGAAAAAUUUACUUCCUCUUAGUAAGAAUAAAAAUUCAGCAUAUGGAAUUACAGUUGAUUAAAAAGGAGAUCACUGGAAUUGGACCCAGUACCACAACAGACACGGAGACCAUCGCAAAGUAUGAAAUAAUGGAUGGUGCACCAGUUAAAGGUGAAUCUAUUCCCAUAAGACUCUUCUUAGCAGGAUAUGAUCCAACUCCUACAAUGAGGGAUGUAAACAAAAAGUUUUCAGUAAGAUACUUCUUGAAUCUAGUGCUAGUAGAUGAAGAGGACAGACGGUACUUCAAGCAACAGGAGAUAAUUCUUUGGAGAAAAGCUCCCGAGAAACUGCGGAAACAGCGAACCAACUUUCACCAGCGAUUUGAAAGUCCAGAACCACAAGCAACUGCCGAGCAGCCUGAAAUGUGAACUAGGUGUAGGGGAUGAAAGAACUGUUAAUAGAUUAGCAGGUUAAAAGGUGGUAACAGCCUGUAGGGAAGAAGGCCAAAAUUCUCAUUACAACAGUCUUCCUUCAUCCUUCAGUGCUGCAUUUCCCACACUACUAAAACAUUCUUCAAGCGAACAUUCAGAUGUGUACAUACAUUUAAAAUGAGUGCUUUCUCAAACACUGGAACUUUCUUAAGCUAUUUUAUACUGCACAUUUUAUUUUUGCCUGGUGUGAUGCACUCAGAUACGCAUAAAGCUUAAAAGAAAUCUAGUUAUUUGUUUCCAUGCAUGUAGGCUGGUGUAUUUAAGUCUUGCUUAUCAUUGAUGCUAGACUAAAGCAUUUCUUCUUCCUAUACCACAUUUCAUCUUCAGUGUCUGUCACUUGUAUCCUUUGAAACCAAUAAAAAUACGGUGAUCUAAAAUGUCA